AUGAGCCAGCGCCCUUGCCUCUGCUCCCCACGGCCGCCCUCCAGCUCCUGCCGCUGCAGCGCCCUGACAGCCGCCGGGCGCCCUCGCCCCUCAGACGGUUGUAAAGAAGAAAGUUCUACUCUUUCUGUCAAAAUGAAAUGUGAUUUCAACUAUGACCAUAUUCAUUCUGGACUUAAAUUGGUAAAGCCUGAUGACACUGGAAGACUAGGUUCCUGUCCUCCUGCAUAUUUGGAAAGUUCUUAUGAAGACUGUAUUAAGGACUAUGUAAGGUUAUCAGAUAUUGGGUCACCAAUUGUGAGCCCCAGGAUUGUAGAACUUGAAACUGAAAAUGAAAACAAGCCCUUUCAUAACAAAGAAAAUCAACAUGUGCAACAAAUACUUAAUAGUUCAAAUGAAAUAGAAGAACUAGAGACCAGUAGACCUUAUGAAGACAGUGGCUAUUCUUCAUUUUCUCAGCAAAGUGGCUUCAAUGAACAUGAAGAGGGUAGCCUUCCCUUGGAAAAUUUCAGUGACAGUCCACAAUCCUGCCUACAGAUGCAAAGCCCAGACCAAUAUCCCAGCAAAAACUUGCUGCCGGCUCUUCAUUUUGCAAAAAUGGUUUGUUCAACAUUAAAAAAGAAUGCCAAGCAAAAUCCUAAAAUAGAUGGGGAGAAACUAAAGGAAUUUAUAUCCAGUGAAAAUUUUAAACUGCAGAAUAUAAUUGGCAGGAAGAUGGGCCUAGAAUGUGUAGAUAUCCUCAGUGAACUCUUUCGAAGGGGACUCAGGCAUCUCUUAGCAAAUAUUUUAACACAACUCAAUGAUAUGGACUUAAUCAAUAUGUCUAAAGUGAGCACAACUUGGAAGAAGAUUCUAGAAGAUGAUAAAGGGGCAUUUCAGUUGUACAAUAAAGCAAUACAGAGAGUUACUGAGAAGAACAUUAAGUUUUCACCACAUGCUUCAACGAGAGAAUAUGUUAUGUUCAGAACCGCAUUAGCUUCUGUUCAAAAAUCAGCAGCCCAGACUUACACCCAAAAAGGUGCUCAAACCAAGUUACCCGAUCCAGGUGAUCAGAAAGGUUCUACUUACAGCCGACACAAUGAAUUCUCUGAGGUUGCCAAGACUUUGAAAGGGAAUGAAAGCCUUAAAGCCUGUAUUCGCUGUAAUUCACCAGCAAAAUAUGAUGGCUAUUUACAGCGGGCGAUCUGUAAAAGAGAAGGCUGUGGGUUUGAUUAUUGUACAAGGUGUUUGUGUAAUUAUCAUACCACCAAAGAAUGUUUGAAUAGCAAACCCCUAAAAGCCAAUUAUAAAAUAGGUCCUCUACCUGGUACUAAAAAAAGCAAGAAGAAUUUACGACGAUUGUGA